AUGUCCACUCUGUCGAUGCGUAUAGCUGUCGUCGGCGCUGGUGCGGCUCAUUUCAACGUCGCCAAUGCUCUGAGUCUUGAUUUGAUGGCCUCUGCUUCUUCGUUGAAUUCCAGAGCAAUACUCUCUCGUUCAAAUGCGCAAAUCUCGCCACGGAUGUCCUAUAUCAGACCACGAGACGGGUCAGACUCUGCGAACCUAGCCGUCCUCGGUGUACUCUCAGCCGUAUUGUUUCUCGCAAUGAUCAUCUUGGGGAUCUUUCAUGGCUGGAAUUGGCGGAAUUCAAUGUUGCGGGUCAUACGUGUCCAAAAGGAGAAAUACGAUGCCUUUUUCACCCCGGAACUUCCUGUCUCUGAACCCAUCUACGAGAAGGACGGCCAAGGAAUUGGGGACCCUAAGAUUGAGAAAACUUACGAAUUAGAUGCUCAAAGUAACAGGAGUCUUAGAACGAGACUUAGCAGAGCCUUCUCAUUGAAAAAGAAGAUCGUGGUCAAUAAAACAGUCGAAACUUGGAGGAUGGCACCUGGCGGCCCAUUUAAUUCCCACUCACCUACGGCGGAAGUACCACCAAUGCCUCGAGCACCACUGGUUAUGGAGGCCAUCAUAUUACCAGAGCUUCCAGCGCAGUCACUACGAACCGAGAAGUCCAAGAUCCUGACAGAAGAUGAAGGUAUCGAAAAAGCCUCAGCCGAGAGAAUGCGAAUCGACCGUCUUCAAUCCCUUAAAACAGAAGAAGAAGAGAUCCAAACCCUUCUCCUAACCCUCCAAACUCGGAAGACCCAGCCCUCAAAAGAUGACGCACCACCAAAGGCGCCCCCCCCAAAAUAA